CUCUCUGCUUGUCCCUCCCCAACCUCCAUCUCCCACCUUAGAAACCUUGUACGGGAUCCUCGCCGUCGUCCAUCUUUCCUCUGUCCUUUUGUUUUGUCAGUCUGUUUCUGUUCUCGUCGCUGCCCGAUGUUAUAAAAGGAGGACCUGCGCGCAACACUUGGAGCAAAUAUUAACCGAGAACGAUGCCUCCAUCACUGGCCCAGUGGCUCUGCCUCGUGGCCGUGAUCUGGCUCCAGACCAUCGCUGGGACGAACACCAACUUCCCGGCAUACUCCUCGCAGCUCAAGCAAGUCCUCUCCAUCUCCCAGGUCCAGCUCAACAACCUCGCCUUCGCCUCCGACGCGGGCAAGCUGUUGGGGUGGUUCUCGGGGAUCGCUGCGGUGUACCUCCCGCUCUGGCUCGUCCUCCUGGUGGGCGCGUUGCUUGGGCUUGCCGGGAACGGCAUCCAGUACCUCUUCGUGGCUGGCAAGGUCACCUCGGUCUCGUACCCCGGGAUGUUUCUCCUUGCCGUCCUCGCCGGGAAAAGCAUCUGCUGGAUCAACACGGUGUGCUACGUGGUCGCGAUCGACAACUUCCCGCUCCACUGCCAGCUCGCUGUCGGGCUCACCACCAUCUACCAAGGGCUGAGCGCCAGUGUCUACACGGAUAUAGUUGACGCCGCACUCAACAAGCGCGGCGGGACUGGGGCUAGAGCUAAAGCAUAUCUGCUUCUCAAUUGAGUCCUGCCAAUGGCCGUGUCGCUAGCCACCGUGCCUUUAGUUCGG